AAGGCCCCAGCAAAAUCCACUAUGCUGAGUUUUGUUCCUCAUUUGGAUCCACUGUGGGGAUGCCUCCGUUACGCUUAUGGGUCCAUAAUCAAUAACCGUCUCGUCAUCCUGACCAUAUCUACCCUACCGUCUUAUCUACUACUAGUAGCAGCUGUGGUAUUCGCUUCCACUCCUUGUUCUCUUGCAGUUUAAUCGAUUCUAACUUGGACCGGCGGACCGGACUUCAGAUAUACCAUGCCCGCAUCCAAUCUCGAGGACUUGAUAGCUGAGCACAGGUACCUACCUACACUGUAUACCCGAAUACACAGGAUAAAUCUGUCAAUACAAACCAGCCUCGUAACCUAUAAUAUCACCAGGAUAAAUACAAUAUAGAUCAGGAAGCCUAGACUCUAGCGACGCAUCAACACG